GGAGAACCAUAAGAACCACAACCAGGUGCCAGUCAGAUCGCGGGACCUAGAAAAAGAGGGAGGAGUUUAGAUCACAACUCCUUCCUCUGGACCAGCACAAGAACUGGAGCAGCAGAUCUGAAGGAAACAUCUGAGAGGAGAUCCAGGGGAACACUCGAGCUUUCUGAUCGCAGGACGUCGCAGUAUCGGGUUUUUAACUGACAUGGAGGGUGAGCUGAAGGAUGGGAGGAAGAUCCAGUUUUCGGUUCCUUCUGCUGCUUCUACCCAGCUCGACCCCAGACAAGUAGAGAUGAUUCGACGUCGAAGACCAACACCGGCCACGUUGUUCUGCACCGCAGAUCAUCCCUCACCAGACGAAGAGGCGUCCAGCCUUCAGCUGUUCGUCUGUGAAAAUGGAAACUUGAAGCCCAAAAAGUUGGACACAGUCGUCUAUCAGCCUCCAUCACUCACAGCAGUUCAAAAAAUGGCUGAAGCUCACGUCAGAUUCCACACCGCGGUACAGGACAGUCCUUCACCUGAAUCAUCCGGCGAUGAGGACUCGUCUCCGGGGGCGGCCAAAGUUGAUGCUGCAACAUCAGACCAGUCAGAUCAUUCAGCGUCUGAGAGUUCAGCAGAUGAAGAUGAAGAAAAGGAAAAAUCAGAGAACAGAACAGAUGAAAGAGGAAAGAACAAAGAGAAAAAAAUACAUCCAUCAGACAUCUCCAAAUCUGAGAAACUGGAAGAGUCAUCAGAAGAGCGUCAGGCAAAAGAAGAGAAGAAAAUAAAAUGAAGAUGAGAAUGAGAGAAGUGAGAGUCUGGGAAAUGGUAAUGACGCAGAAAAAUAAGAGAGGGUGCAAAUAAAUUUGGGAAGUUAAAGGUAAAUGAACUUUAUGGAACUAGUAGACGUACACAAUCAGAAACAGAAGCUGGUAAAGUACAUGGAUUGGUACACGAUAUGGCCAAAAGUAUGUGGACAGCCCUCAUUUUUAUAAAAACACUUACUGAUAACAGGUGUAUAAAGUCAGUUACACCAUAUUGGACCCAAACGGAGACCUUUGGGAUGAAUUGGAGCUUUGAUUGCUUGACAUCACUGCCUGAUCUGGCAAAAAGUCCAAAAUCUUGUGAAAAGCCUUUACAAAAGCAGACAGGGGUUCCGAAUCCAUAUUCAUGCCUGUAUUAAUGCCAAUGAUUUUGGAAUUGUCACAUGGCUCAUCUGCUUAAUGAAUUUGGCAGUGAGUCACAUUAAGAGUCGUGUUCUUCUGCAGUGCAAUUUUGGCUGGUAGGGGGGGCAUGGAGGUACAGAUGAUCGAUGUUUCAGUUUAUCUUGAUUGUCGUCUGCACCUCAUGAAUAUUAAUUCGCUCCAGGUGGAAGUUCUUCUAUAUAUCACAGGUUCUCCCCCUCAGAUUUGUCAGCUACUCUGUCUUUUCUCCAAAACCGUGGCCCCAAGCUGCUUGGUCUGGUCCAGUUUUCUACUGGCGUGCGAUGCCAGCCUCAUGAUGGAACCCAUCCUGGGAGAGUGGAUUGCCCCAGAGGCAGCGUGAUGUUCCUUUCCCGGUUCGGAUCCCACCCGUAUAUCAGCGUUAUGAGCGGGGUGGACCAGUUGGCGGGGUCGGGUGCCACUCAAGCAUUGUCGGAACAGGCUGGUUCUGAAGGUUCCUUAUCUCCUAUUUUUCCUUUUUAGGUCGGGGGUCUGCACCGUCCCUGUUUUGUCCACUUUCUCCCCUGCAGAUGUUUUUUAUUGUCUUUCAUUCAUUACUUUAUUUCUUUUUAUUUAUUUGCAAUUAUGCAUUUUUUGUUUGUGGCUUUUUAGCCACACUUUGUUCUACCCUGGUUAAAACAUCUUGCACUUGGGUUCUUCCAAUUUGCCGGUGUAUUUGAUAGUGAGGCGCGACCCCCCGUUACAGAAUGUCUAACAAGCUUUUCUGGCCACACCGUGUACAUUAGUGUACUUUUCUGUACUUCUGUUUCUGAGAGAGUGUAAAAGAUACUACAAGAGUAUGUUUAUAACAGAUCUGUACGAGAAUAAAAGGUCACAUUUAAGGUCAGGACAUGAAGAAGUGAAGAAAGAAAAGCAAUCAAAUCAUCAGCAGGACAUAAUCAAGCUUAAUCAUUACUGCAGGACUGUUGAAAACCUCAAGGACACUCCAGCAUAUGCACGUUUUAACAAAGUCAUAUUAAGACCUGAUUGACCUCCAAUCAGUCUGUCCAGUUAUAUCUGAAGCUUCCAUAAGCUAAACAACAGUGCACUCAGUCUCACUCAGCUGAUUAUUAUUAUUACUAUUAUUAUUAUUAUUAUUUCAUCAUGUUUUAUUGUUAUCAGUAGGAGGAAUCCUGGGAAUAUGGGAUUGUUUAAGGUCAAAAACUCAUUAUGGUUUAAUUGUGACCCAUUCCUCAUAGUAAAGUGUCUUCAAUUCCUCAAGGUGAAGAGGGUCCAUCUGAUGGACUCACAAUUUCAAAAUGUUAAACAUAAUUAAACAGAUGAGAGACCAAAAACAUUUACAUUACAGAUAAUAAACCCAGCAGGCAUCUACAUACAGACAUGACAGCCACGGUCCCAGGGGGUGGCCAAUGACCUGCAAUGAAUUUUCAUUAUGCUACUGCACUAUGCCCAGUGAUUCCAAACCCACUGCAACCCUGGCCAGGUUAAAGCAGUGAUGAAAACACUCACUCACUUUCUUACCCGCUUAUCCAAUUAGGGGAGCGCAAGGCACACAGUAACACCCUGGACGGGGCGCCAGUUCAUCACAGGGCAGAUACACAUACACACACUCAUACACACACACAUUCACCUACAUUCAAUUCAGUGUCACCAAUUAACCUGACUGCAUGUUUUUGGACUGUGGGAGGAAACCGGAGCUCCCGGAGGAAACCCACACAGACAUGGUAAGAACAUGCAAACUCCACACAGAAAGGACCCGGACCGCCCCGCCUGGGAAUCGAACCCAGGACCUUCUUGCUGUGAGGCGACUGUGCUACCCACCGAACCACCCGCGAUGAAAAUAUGAAAAUAAAAUUCAAUAAAAAUGAACCCAGGUAAUUUUGCUGUAGGAUGAAUGUCUAAUCUUAGUGCUGAUUGUGGCCUGAUUACAGCUUUGUGUUCUUCGGUUAAUUGCAUCAGUUAUUUUCUUAACCUUUUAUGUCUCAGUCUGACAUUGCUGCCUUAAAACUUCCAGUUUUUAUUAGUACACAUCAUGUCUCGACACCACAAAUUAUCACCAUUUCUACCUUGCUACAAAUCCGCUGUUGCUAAUUGCAGCUUUGAGUUUGUUUGUUUGUUUAUUAGGAUUGUAACGUCAUGUUUUACACUUUGGUUACAUUCAUGACAGGAACGGUAGUUACUCUUUACACAAGGUUCUUCAGUUCACAAUGUUACAUAGAACACAGUCAUGGACAAUUUCACCUCACUUGCACGUCUUUGGACUGUGGGAGAAAACCGGAGCACCCGGAGGAAACCCACACAGACAUGGGGAGAACAUGCAAACUCCACACAGAAAGGACUCAGACCGCCCCACCUGAGGCCACCGUGCCGCCCUGCAGCUUUGAGACAAACAGCUCAAGUUUGACCCUUUACUCUGGACAGCCCAUCUUCAAAAUAUCAAAAGUACAAGGGUCCAUUAGGAAUUUCUAAAUCAGAUAAGAUUGAUGUAUGUUCUCAUGUUUCCUUUGAUGACGUAUAAUGAUCCAAUACCGUCUACAUACAAACAGCUUUAUAUGAUGAUGCUCCCACCACCGUACUUCACUGUGGCUUUGGUGCUCUUGAGGUCACGGGCGUACGCAGCCUUUCUGAGUCUAAACAUCACCAGCUGAACCAUCACUCUGACCAGUUCACAUGCUUUAGUCUGACUCUAUAUAUACGAAUGUAUAAUUUAUCACAUCGUAUUUUAUAAUAUUUUAUAAAACUGCAAAUGAAUAAAAGCCGCUGGUAGGGAACUACAAACAGUUUAAAUAUUUUGUUUUGGGAUUUGGGGUGUUUGCUGUAUUUAAUCAUAAACAGUUUGGUAUUUUGCUCACACGUAUUUAAACAAAUAAAGGAAAAUGUAAAAAAGUCUUACUAAUUAUUAACAAUAAACCUCCAAGUAAUGCAGUUUGACACUAUAGGUAUAGAAAGUGACAUUUCAGUGACUGCAGUUUAGUUAUAUUUUGAAUAUUUAUGCAUUUCUGUUUUCUGCUGUUAUAUUGAAAAUGAAGUUUAAGAUGUUAUAUUUCCAUUAUAUUCUGAUUAUAUUUUGAUUUGCAGACUUUGUAUGUACCCACUGCUUUCUGCUGUCUGAUUUCUGAUUAAAAUAUAAACAAGUU